CUCUUGACUUUAUUAUCAUCAAGAAUAUAAUGGUUGACAAGAAAAUCUUAUUGCUUGGAUCGGGCUUUGUUGCUGCUCCCUGUGUCGAGUAUAUCCUGCGUAGACCAGAAAACAAGUUGACCAUCGCCAGCAGAAGACUCGAGAAUGCUAAGGAGUUGGCCGGUCAGUUCAAGAACACUACUGCUGUCUCUUGCGAUAUCACCAAUGACAAGGCUAUUGACGAGAUCGUUGCCCAGCACGAUGUGAUUAUCAGUUUGAUUCCUUAUAUCUACCACGCCAAGGUUAUCGCUGCCGCUGUUAAGCACAAGAAGCACGUUGUCACAACCUCAUACGUCUCUCCCGCUAUGAUGGAAUAUGACCAGGCUGCUAAGGAUGCUGGCAUCACUGUCAUGAACGAGAUUGGUCUUGAUCCCGGAAUUGAUCACUUGUAUGCUGUCCGCACUAUCGACACAGUCCACAAGGAGGGUGGCAAGCUCAACGAGUUCAUCUCUUUCUGCGGUGGUCUUCCUGCUCCUGAGGAUUCCAACAACCCCUUCGGUUAUAAGUUCUCUUGGUCUGCUCGCGGUGUCUUGUUGGCUUUGAAGAAUACUGCCAAGUAUCUCGAGAACGGAAAGGUUGUCGAAGUCAGCGGUACUGCCCUCAUGGACUCUGCCAAGGUUCUCAACACUGGCUACCCCGGUUUUGCUUUCGUUGGUUACGGUAACCGUGACUCUACUAUCUACGACAAGCGUUACAACAUCCCCGAGGCCACCACCAUUAUCCGUGGUACCAUUCGUUAUGAUGGCUUCCCUCAAUUUGUCAAAGCUCUCGUUGUUCUUGGUUUCCUGAGUGAGGAUGAGCAGCCCCAUUUGUCUGCUGCCUCUAGCGAAAUUGCAUGGAACGAGGUUAUUGGCAAGGUUGUUGGUUCCUCAGACUUGUCUGAGAACGCUCUCAAGGCCGCCAUUAUUGCCAAGUGCGACCUCGAGAACAACCCUCGUAAGGAUCACAUUCUUGAUGGAAUGAAGUGGGUUGGUUUCUUCUCUGACAACAAGGUUCACCGUCGUGGUAACUUGUUGGACACUUUCUGUGCCACCCUUGAGGAGAAGAUGCAGUACGAGGAAGGUGAACGUGACUUGGUUUUCUUGCAGCAUCGUUUUGAGAUUGAACUCAAGGACGGAUCCAAGCAGACUCGUACGUCCACUUUGGUUGAAUUUGGUGUUCCUGGUGGAUUCAGUGCUAUGGCCAAGACUGUAGGUGUUCCUUGCGGUAUUGCUGUUCAAUUAAUAUUGGACGGUAAGCUCACAAAGACUGGUGUGAUUGCCCCUAUGUCUGCUGAAAUCAAUGAUCCUAUUAUUGAGCUUUUGGAGAAGGAGGGUAUGGGUAUGGUUGAAGCCAUCCUUUAAAACUGUAAAUUAUGUGCCAUGAAUUUUUAUAUAAUAAAAUAAAAUAAAAUAAAAUAAAAUUAAAAAAAAUUAAAAAAUUAAAAAAAUAAUUGAUCACAUUUUUAAU